AUGAGUCUCUCUUCAGAGGAGAAAAGACGCGUCGCGUACCUCGAACAGAAAUUGAAUUUCUUCGAUCUCCAGUUGGGGAGGCUGGAGCAAUACCUCGAGAGUACACAUGUCGAUCCCGCAAACGCAAAGAUACGUGCGGAGAAAAUGUCGACAUUGUUCGAUACUUCGAUGAAGUACUAUGAGGAAUUAAACUCACUUCAAAGCAGCAAUCGCCUGGCAGGGAGUUUUCUAGAGACCGAAUCUAGAUACUACCAGGCAGCCGGCGCCAUUUCCAAACUCCAACAAAGGGAUUCGGUAUUCAACUCGACCUUGAAUCCGAAUAACAUCACUCUCACGGAGCGGCAAGAACUGCCAAAGCUCCCUAAAAUAAAGAUCCCCGUGUUCGACGGAAAACAAGAAAAUUGGGCGAUGUACAAAAAUAAGUUCAUCGCUCUCGUUCAUUCCCGGACCGACAUUUCUGACGCAGUGAAAUGCAGUCAACUUUUUGACUCUCUCACUGGGCCAGCUUUGGCUAAAAUCAGCCAAUAUGAUCCCAGUGACCAAGAUUAUUCGAAAGCUUGGAAAUCUCUCCUGGAAUUCUACGACCACAAGCGCAUUGUGGCCGUAGAACACUUGAAUGCUCUUAUCGACCUCCCACAGCUCACCCAGGUAUCAGCUGAUGACCUAUUCUCACUUCUGGAUAAGGCUCGUCAGCACCUUCACAUCCUGGAGGGAAUCGGUGCUCCACCUGGGGAAAACUUACUCGUUCGCAUCAUCGAACGUUGUCUUCCCCAGACACUGAGAAGUCGAUAG